CCCAGAACAGCGACUUGAGAAUCAGAUGGCUGGACUAUGCCAUGGUGGACGGCGAUGAGAGAGGCGUGGGUGCUGGCGGCCGGCGGCAAUUUGUCAAGAGCGCGUCGGAUCGCGACGCGAGCGCGGCUGACUCAAGCAGGUUGCAGGACGAGCAACGGCGGAGAGAGAUUGACUCUUCUCCACCCGGUCAACCUUGAACGCAUUGCUACCACCUUUCACCGCCACCAUCACCCUUGGGCCCUUCGAAGCGCCCAACAUGAGCGCCACGCCCGACUUUUCAGGUGACUCGGGUGACGAGUACGAAGAGAACGUCCGCAAGCAGCGAGCGGAGAAUGCUGCUCUGUUGCGUUCCCUCGACCUCCAAUCAGGCGGAUCUUCCAUCGUCGAUCCCACGGGCGCUCGCAACAAGAAGCUCGAUGCCGCAGCUCAGGAGCGUCAGAAGAAGCGCGCAGCCGCUUCAAGAGCAAAAGCUGCAGAAGAGAGGAAGCGAAGGAAGGUGGACGAGGUAGCAGCUGGGCCGCAGAGGACGAGUGCGAGGUUGGCGGGAAGGACGCCAGCUGGGAUGGAGGAGGAUAACAAGAGGGCAGAGGAGGAGAGGCAGGAGGCAAUACAGAAGAGGGAAGAGGCCAAGGCACUACUUCACAAGGACCACGACUUCCGUGGGCUGCUCACUGGAGGCGGCAGUGCCCAAGAGGAGGAAAGCAGGGAAAAGGCAGAGCAGCUUGAAGCGGCUCUGCGCGUCAUUGCGGCCAACAAGGGCAGCGAAGAAGCAAAGAAGGCACGUAGUGGCCUUGGCGAGGCAGAGGAGACUGAAACGUCGAAGAAGUCCGGCCAGGCAACCAAGGAGCUUACGUCAAUGCUUAACAAAAUGGAGCUCCUUGCGGUCAAGAAGGUCACGCCCAAGCGCAUCUACACCGCUGCUUUCCACCCUACGACGGCCAAAACGCUCGUCCUGACGGGAGACAAGGAAGGCCAUCUCAGUGUGUGGGAACCCCUCGCUCCUCGCCCAGCAACAGGCGGUGAUGAGGGCGACGACGAGAAUGGGGCUGCAGACGAGGGUGAUCGCGGAAUCACAGGCGACGAUGGCAUCUCUUUCAACCUGCGCGUCCCGCAAGACUCGUCGCCCAUCUCGUGCGUAAAGGUCCCGCCUCUCGACCACAGCACAGUAUACUACUCGUCGUACAACUCGACACUCCGCAAGGUCGACCUGGAGAAGGGUGUCUCAGAGCGCAUUUUUGCCUUCUCCGGCGAGGAUGAUGACGGAGAUGGAGCGCUGCUGUCUGUGUUUGACUUCCAGCGAGGUGCGGAGGACGGCAGAGUGGUUUGGUGCGGAGACCAUCGUGGUGGUGUCGUGAGGAUAGACACGCGCGAGAAGCCAGGCUGGAAGGCGGGAUGGAAUCGUUGGCAGCUGUGCGAGAAGAAGAUCGGUGGCCUCUCCCUCAAUCCCUUGAUACCCUCUGCCCUCGCCGUAGCCUCCCUCGACCAAUCCGUUCGCCUCUUCGACGUUCGUCGCCUGUCCUCUGGCAUCAAGCCGACGCUCGCCGUUCCCGCCAACUACAAGAUGGUCGACGUUGACCUCCUUGCCGAUGUCCAAUCAACAAUCGACGAGGGUGGCGCACAGCUAGGGUGGCAACAGAGCAAGCAGGCUAGCACGAGCGUAGACUUUGCGCCUGAUGGCCGACAUCUAGCGAGCGUAAGCUACGACAAUGUGGUCAAGGUCUGGGAUGUCGAGCGUGGCUGGUUACGCGCAGAUGACGAGGUGCCGACCACAUCGGCGAGGGGAGCAAAGAGGAAGAGCAACGGUGCGGCCGCGGCGCCCAAGAAGGAGGUCAACGGAGCAAGUCAGCGCAAAGGCGGCCUGAUGCAGUACUUCAAGAAGGAGGAGACCAAGGAUCAGCCCCUCUCUGCUACGAUUCCAGCGGACAUCCUCUCCUCGCCUCUGGUCAUACCUCAUAACAAUCAGACGGGAAAAUGGCUCACGCUCCUCCGCGCUCGCUGGAGUCAGAAUGACUCACUUGCUCCGCACUUCACCAUUGGAUCCAUGAGCCGCAGUGCAGAGGUGUGGAGCGCCGAUGGGAAGCUGCUCAGAUCCUUGUACGAUGAAGAGCACGUUAGCGCAGUGCCCGCUGUCACGGCUCUUCAUCCUACGAGGGGAGCGACGCUUGUCACAGGAAAUGCCAGUGGUAAGAGUACUUUCUGGGGUCUCAGGGAGGAGUGAAGGGUCAGCUGGGGGAAUGGCGAAUAGUACAUCGCGGGACUUCAAUCGAGUGCCUCUACUCCGAGCUGAAUGAUCGGCCUGAGCACAGCUCUUUGCCGUCCUUUUGUCGAUCGAUCCCCUUUCAUGUUGUUCAUUCUGUCGUGUAGAUCCUCUCGCUUCGGCAAUAUCAUCCAAAUACCCACAACGAGGUCA